AUGCUACCAAGGAACAAGCCUAAGGGGACCCUUCGACGGGUGACCUUCUCGGUAGUCAGCCAACCCCAGGACGGCGGUUGCUAUGACAGUGGCCUGGAGGACUCAGAGACGCCGAGCAGCAAGAGUUCGUCUGGGCCGCGGCUGGGUGCCCUGCCGCUGCCGGAGGAAGGCUAUGAGAGGACCACGCCGGAGGGCAGUGUGGGGGAGGAGGAGCAUCUGGAAAAUGAUGCCAGACAGCUGCCAGACGUAGCUCUGACAGGAAAGUGCACCAGGGAGUGUGAUGAAUUCGGCCACUCUGACACCUGUUGGAUGCCCGUCCGCCCCUCACCCCGCCAACGUCACGGCAGCGACCCCCCACGGCUCUCCACCUUCGCCCCGGGAGAUGAUAACAACAAUCUCCGUGGCCACGACCAUGAGAGUGACAGCGAGAGUGCCGGCAGCGCAGGGAGCUCGGAACCCGGCGUUGUCGUCAGCGGAGAAGGUCAGAGAUUACCCAUGGCCAACGGGGAUCCUCUCGGCACCCUGGGUGGUGGAGACCGCAACAGGAACAUGGGCGAUCACAACCGUAACCUUCUGAACCGCAAGAUGACCUCAGCAUCCUACGACACAUUUAGCAGCGCAGGCUUCGGGAGGCGCCAGCCGGAGGAGGAAGGAAGAGAAGGCCAGAACCCACCUGAGGUGAUACCACUGACGCGGACAGGAGGUGACUACAAGACCACGUCCUGUCUCACACUGUCACGCCGCGAGGUCUACCUGUGACAGCCUGGCAUCGGAGCACAACUCCUUGCUCUGAAAGAGAGGGAGGGUUGAAACUUUACUGGAGGGCCUUUUAAACCUGUGAAGAUGUGAAAAUGUCAAGGAAGAUGUUUUCCAAAAGCUGUGCAUCAAAUCGGAACUUUUGGAUUCUGACUAAUAUUUAUAGGCACUUAAACUUUAGCAAGUGAUGGAUAAACCCUUCAGCGUGCUCUGACCACAAGAACUUUCUAAAAAAAAUUUAAAAAGUGUUUUUUUAAAACUACUAGCAAGAGUUGCCCCCAGGCAAAGUUCUUAUUAUGUCCUUGUGGAGGACAGCUUCAUCUUCUCUUCUUACCUGACUCUAAAGCAUGCCUGACCCUCUGCCACAGAGGGAUGAGUGUGAAGAAGAGGGAGACUAAUACUGAAUAAAUCCUGAUGUUGUAAAUGCACAUUAAAAACUUUCUCUGAGGCUAUAGCGGAACAGAUUUGGACUCAACUGAUGAACCAUCUCCUGAAAAAACCACUGAGGUCUUAAAAUCAAUGAAAAGAGGUAGCAGGUCUUUGAUACUUGGAUCAAUUCAAACCAGUCACACUUUUUAAUGCCUAAUCAACUCUAUCGUAACCCAAGACAGGAAUAUUAACCAAUGAAACUCGUAAAACCGUGAGUCAUAAACUGAGUACCAACGAAAAUGUGGUCGCUGUACAGUUACUUGAAAAAAAAAUGAUUCAGUAGAAACUGCAACUUUUUUUACAUUUAUCAAAUGUAACCAUUUAGAAUUCAAGGUUCUCACAGUAGUGCCACAGUUUGUCUGGCUCAUGUGAAAAAAUGUGUUAAUUAUUUUUGCCUUCACAUCCAGUAUGUAUAUAUCGUAUGUGUGUAUUUGAUUAAAAAAAAGACUGCAGCGUCCUCUCUGCCGCUGCUGUCCGCCAUUUCAGAGUGGACUGACACGCUGGGUCCUCGACGCCUCCAGCGUCUCCGAACAGUGUCCAUGUAUCAUAAAUUGUUCUUUCAGACACAUGCGCACGCACACGUACGCAUGCACGCACUGACACAUACAGACGUUAGCAUGUGAACACAGACUCAAUCAAUGCAUUUACAGAAUGUGAACAUGCAUCGCGCCACAGUUUUUAUGUGAGACUCAGUGGCAGUGUAACAUAAAGUAUAUAAUAACUUUGCAUUAAGUUUCAUACAGAACAACAUGAUACACACACACACACAUGCACACACACACAGCAUAUUUACACAUAAGUAGAAACACAAACCAUAUUAAGAAGUGUGCAAUGCGCAAAAUUCAUAUGCACUAUGUGUGUAUGUCUUAAUUAUCAUUUUUUAUCAUAUUUCCUCUCAUUGAACUAGUUGUAGCAUUUUGCCUGCUCUUCUCCAGCCAGUAUUUAAACAUGAAAUGUAUUUAAAUAAUUACUCAUCUCUCUGACUGAUGUCUGAGGCUUCAUCAAAGGGAAUUUCAAUGACAUCUACUGUAUGUAUUGAUAAAUAAUGUAGGGGAAAAUGAGAUACUCUGCAUACUGUAAGUAGGACUCAUAGAAAAACCAAAAUUUCUGUAGUUUCUGUAAGAAAAAAAAAUGGAAAAAGAAAAGACUGCAUGAAAGAAAGAUAAAGCUAACUUCUUUUCUCUCUUUUUUAAAACCACACGCCUUUUUGGAUACCAUGCCUAUUUGGAUACAUCUGUACUCUAAAUGCGUGUGCUCACGGGGAAAUGGGAGAUAAUGAUGGCAGCGUAGGGAGUCAGCUGCAGCGGAUUAGACUAUUGCUUCUUUAUCGCGACUCAAGCGAGUUUGGGCUAACCUUGGGCCUUUCCUCUCAGUUUCUGCAGCCCAGAGUUGGCACGAAGGGUGCCGCAGGCUGCACCAGAAAAAGAACACAAUGCAGUGAGAGUGCAGAGUGCCUGCGACCCUUUUCACCGCACAGUGCCGACCUCAACACGCCCAUACUGCUGUGCUGAACCGUGCCGAUAACAAACUCCUUCACAUUUGUCCUCUCCAGCAGCUACUGCACGACUCCAGACACACUCUGCUGCACUUGGGCUGACGAGUGGGUGUGGAUGAAGGCCUUAGAUCUUAAUUCUCAUCAUCAGUGUGUGGUUCGGUGGUGUGAUAGGGAUAAUAGGGUUAGGUCGUCCCUGCGGUCUUAAUGAGUUUCCUUUCACCGCUCUCCUCCUCCCUUGAUGUGCGCAGAUCUCAUUAACGUUUGGAUUGGCGUAUGUGUAACACUGCUGGAAAUUGUGAGCGAGUGUGACUCUUCAUUUUUCGGGCUGUUUUGGACGAGACUAGGCGAAAGGGACGUUCUUGUUUAAGUACAACUUAGUUCAUGAGAACCCUGUAGAGCUCAGAGUCAGAAAGAAGAAUAACACUCAGGUAAGAUGCACAAUAGUGUUUAACCUUUUAACUACUUGUGGUCGCAGCUUGACCGUGCCCUCACUCGUGUGCGGAAACAGUAUCGUGACUUCUGCUUUGAUUUUUCAGUACGAUUCGGGCUGAGAAAUGGGUAAUUUACUUGUGUGAUUGCACUUAUACCUGAACAAUUCUUCAACUUUACAACUCUGUAGCUUGUUCUGGGUCACUGCUGCACUUACUCCCUGAGCCUUCGUUACCCCUAAUUCCCCAACAUGGCUGUUUACUGAGCUCUGCUAUCAAUGGACUGUGCUAAAGAUGAAAUGAAAUAUAUGGAGUUACUGCUUAUGUCUGUGAAAACAAUCAGAACACCCUGCAGGGUACAAACACUGAGGCAGGUGAGCACUCUCUGGGAACAACGUGUCUUAACCCCUUGGACGCUACACAAAAGUCUUGAAGAACUUGUGUCCCAGUUUGUGAUUUGCAGACAGAGACUCUGGACACGGCCUCGCCUCAUCACACUGGCGGAUAUUUUCCUCAAAACUGCUGUUUUAUGGCAGCUCCAUUAUGGCACUUUUCAAACCCUCCAGUCUGGAUUUUAAGGGAACUUGCUGUACAUGAAUCUGUGUGGAUGUGUAUCUUUUUUUUUAUACUGCACGUUUAAAAAAACAUGAAUAUGUUUCAAUCUACUGCAAAACAGAGGGGAGAACGACAGAGUUAGUACGUCUGAGACCCAUCACCCACUUCUCUAGACUUUUUUUAAAAACGGACGCCUAGGUGGACAUCACGUACCUGUCUUCCCCCUCAUGCUGUUAUCCUUAUAGCCAUGUACAGAUAAAAAUUACACUGUAGAACAUACAACUCGAAUCCAUAACAGACAAUGGCAUGCUUAAGGUCUUAAAAUCUGCACUUGAGAUACAAAAAAAAUGAGAAAAAAAAUGUUAUUUUUUAUUGUUCCUCUUUCCUCUGUUUUCUUUUCUUAUGGGGCUGGCUCUGUUUCUUUUGCUGCUCCAUUCCUGUAAUUACAUAACGAACUAAUUGCAUUUGCUAUGAGGAGGAGGAAGAGGAGCUGUCGACGAAUGGUUUGGUAUGAAGAUGAAUCAUGUAAAAGUUUGACUUUGACAUUAAAAACU